AUGGCUACUGCUGAAGGUGGUCGAUUCGAUUUUGACGAUGGGGGUAGUUACGUCGGCGAGUGGUGUGAAAAUCGAGCUCAUGGAUUCGGUAUUGCAACAGGACCGGAUAACCAAGGAGAAUACUCCGGAGAAUGGAAUAUGGGAUUUGAGUCAAGGGGAGUUUACGUGUGGCCUUCGGGAAAUCUCUACUCUGGGGGUUGGUUGAAGGGCAAACGGCAUGGCGAGGGUGUUCAGAUAAAGGGCCGAUGGAUUUAUCGUGGGGCUUUCACUUCCGGAUUCUAUGGGAGGUACGGUGUUAAGGAGUCAUUGACUACUUGUGCCAGAUAUGAAGGCAGUUGGCAUCUGAACCAAUUUGACGGCUUUGGAGUAGAAACAAACUCUGAUGGAAGUAAGUUCUAA